AUGUUCUCAGCAGCCCACGAGCGGGCUCACAGCAAGCUGCUCGGCCGCCACAUCUCCGAGGAGGACCCCUAUGGCAUCACCGACUACGGUGGCAUCAACGAUGCCAUCACCUGCCUCAACCUGAAGUCCACCUACGAGUCGGAGGUUGCCCCCCGGCCACACUCCUUCGCCAACGGCUAUGAGCUCUUCGAAGUCUCCGAGGAGCGGGAUGAGGAGGUGGCUGCUUUCUGCCACAUGCUGGAAGUGCUGCGAUCCGGCUACAGCACCAAGGACUAUUCCAUCACUGGCUUGGUGUGGAACGCUGUCAACCUCAGCCCUGAGCAGCUGGGCCAUGGCAUCAGCCUGAAGGUGACGGUGGUGUGCGACAGCCUGCGUGAGCCCCUCACCUUCACCUGCGACUGCUCCUCCACCGUGGACCUGCUCAUCUACCAGGCGCUGUGCUACACGCACGACGAGCUGCACGCCGUCGAUGUCGAGGACUUCGUGCUCAAGAUCUGCGGCUUGGAGGAGUUCCUGCAGAACAAGCACGCGCUGGGCAGCCACGAGUACAUCCAGCACUGCAGGAAGUUCGACAUCGACAUCCACCUGCAGCUGAUGAAGAGGAAGGGCGUGCGCAGUGACCUGGCCCGGACGGCAAAUGAUGACCAGAGCCCCUCCACCCUCAACCACUACAUCCACCUGGCUGAGCUCUGUUCUCUGUCCCCCAGGCAGGCCCUGAGUCUCCUCUUCGACACCUUCCACAACGAGGUGGAUGCUUUCCUGGCCGCUGAGGUGACCUUCCCGCUGAGGGCGGGGCGGGUGAUCCAGUCGGUCAUGGCCAUCUGCAAUGCCCUGGCUGCCGUGGAGACCCAGGAGAUCACAGCAGCCCUCAACCAGAUGCCCCCCUGCCCCUCCCGCAUGCAGCCCAAAAUCCAGAAGGAUCCAAAUGUUCUGGCCAAGAGGGAAAAUCGAG